AUUCAACGGUCGAUAUUAUGUUAUACCAUCCAAGACCACUACUUUAGAUUCUAUAAUCUUCUUUAUAUACUACAUGAAUAUUAUUACAUAUUACAUUCCUUAUAGUGUAUCAUUAGUAUUUAUGUGAUGUGAUUUUUAUGGGUGUUACUACAUAUUCAGCCAAAUCUUACCGUUUUUUCUCUGUUUGUACAAAUUCUAUUUCUCUUCUAUUGUGUUUUUUGGUUCAGUGUUAUCAAGGGAUGUGCUUGCUCUUUUUGUGCCGUGUUCUAGUUAUUCAUGAAUCUUGAAGCAUAAUUUCUUUAGAGUAUAUUCAGGAAUAUCAUUCAGGAGAAUUUAGUUGAAUUUAAAAAAAAAAAAAAAAAAAAAAAAAAAAAAAAAAAAAAAAAAAAAAUCAUGUUUUUGGUAGAGAGCAAAGCAGCUGCAAUAGUGUGUAUGUUGGUGUCCCUUCUAUUUUUGGGAACAUGGCCAGCAAUUUUAACACUUUUAGAAAGGAGGGGAAGGCUUCCUCAGCAUACUUAUCUUGAUUACUCCAUUACAAACUUUUUGGCAGCUGUUCUUAUUGCUCUCACAUUUGGCCAGAUUGGUGGUAGUACACCAAGUAUGCCCAAUUUCCUUACCCAGCUUACUCAGGAUACAUGGCCGUGUGUUCUGAUGGCUAUGCUUGGUGGAUUGUUCUUAAGCUUUGGUAAUGUUUCAAUACAAUAUGCCUGGGCAUUUGUUGGGCUGUCAGUCGCUCAAGUGGUCACAUCUAGCAUUGCUGUUGUAAUUGGCACAACAUUGAAUUACUUCUUGGACGACAAAAUAAACAAAGCAAGCCUUCUGUUCCCUGGGGUAGCAUGCUUUCUCACAGCUGUGUUGCUUGGAUCUUCUGUACACUCCUCUAAUGCUGCUGAUAAUGUGGCUAAGCUUCGCAGCUUCCAUGAUAACCUUAAAGAUUCGGAAAAAGUGCCCGAGAGUUUAGCUGAUGAAGCAGCACCAUCUGCAAAAGAUAUCAUGGAGAACGUGGAUGUUGAAAAUGUCUGUGCAGAGCAAGCUAAAAAGGCUGGAACAGCUGAUUUUAUUAUCGCUGUUGAAAACCAAAGAGCUAUUAAGGUGGUUGGCGAAAGCAAAUUGGUCGGCAUGAGCAUAACUCUUUUUGCUGGCAUAUGUUUUGCUCUCUUCUCACCAGCAUUCAACCUCGCAACAAAUGAUCAAUGGCACUUUUUGAAGGAGGGUGUUCCUCAUUUGGUCAUCUAUACCGCAUUCUUUUACUUCUCAUUGGCCUUUGUUGUGAUGGCGGUCUUUUUAAACGUCCUCUUCUUGUACUAUCCUCUCUUAAAUUUGCCUAAAUCAUCUAUUAAGGAAUAUCUUAGAGAUGGAAAUGGAAGAGGAUGGGCUGUUGCAGCUGGUUUGUUGUGUGGCUUUGGAAAUGGUCUUCAGUUCAUUGGAGGCCAGGCUGCUGGCUAUGCAGCUGCCGAUGCAGUUCAGGCACUUCCGCUAGUGAGCACCUUUUGGGGCAUACUUUUCUUCGGCGAGUACAGGAGGUCAUCCAAAAGGACUUAUUUGCUACUUGUGAGCAUGCUCAUCAUGUUCAGCGUGGCUGUGGGAUUGCUUCUUGCAUCAGCUGGUCAGCGAAAAGUAUCAGCUGGAGAAGAUACGAAGAUCAAUCGUAUACAACACCAAAAUAGACAACCGAUGGAUAAAUACAGUCAUGGCACUUUUGACUUCUAGAUGGCUAUCGGUCUAGCUGUUUCUCUUGGUUCCUACUGCUUGGUAGUUGGGUAAGCAUUCACAAAUAAGGAGGUUGCACUCUGAGUGUGUCAAGUGUAGGUUAGAUUCUACUUGUAAUUAUUUAUUCAAGAGCACAUUGUGCAUGUCUAGGUAUGAUGGAGGCAAUGGGGUUUGUAAGUAAAUGGUCAAUUGAUCGAUUGUCUGAUUAAAAAUAAGAGCGAGCUAGACAAUAUCGAUGCUUGAAUCUGUAAUUUGGUGGCAGAGGCUUUAGGUUUGAAAGCCUGAUUCUAAAAUCUGGAAGUUGAGUGCAUCAUUCAUUGGUAAGAA